UGUUAUAAGUUGGCCUGAAUGGUGCCGGCGAAGCCAGUGCCAGCACUAUGGCUGAUGCAGAGGACGACGAAGAUGUCGACUUUCCCGACACAGUGCAGGCAUACGCAGCCCUUGGCACGGAGUCGGGGGACUCCGAUUCUGAGUCGAAGACAGAACAGCGUCCGGAAGCUGUCAGAAACUUGAUGCUGAAAAUGUCAGUGCUGAAGAACAGGAUGGCGAGCCUGGACUUGGACAGCGAUGACUCGCAGGGGGAAGCUGCGGAGGGCUGCCUGGGCACCGCUGAAGACAGGGUGUACCUUGCUGGCAUGCUCAAGCGCUUCGCACGGGAUGACCUGGCGGAUGACGGGGAUGCGGUCGAGGCCGCCAUUCGGAUGCACAUCUCCACGGUGUCUAUGGUGAAGAAGUGGUUCUACUGCAUCCUCACCUGCGGUUGCUGGAUAUUUUUCCGCCCGCAUGAUGACACAGGCGUGCUCAUCCUGACGAAAAAGGGCCGGGUGAUCACGUAUGGCAAGCGACAGCAGGCCGAUCCAACAAGUGUGGGGGGCUUCCUCUUCAAGAUCCUGUUGAUUGCUUUGGUCAUUUGCUUCGGCGUGAUGGUCUUCAGCCUCACAAUAGCAGGCUCCGGCAUGGAGGGCCUUUUCUGGCUGGAUUCCAUCGACUUCCGGACAGUAGGUUUUGUCACGCUGACAGUGGCCCUUGUGCUUCUUUUGCUGUAUUUGUACUCGCAUCGCCCUCGUCCAGACUGUGGCACCUCCUACCGCCAACACUUCGCGGUCAACGAUUUAUGUGCCGGCGUUUAUGCCCGCGAGGAUUAUGGCGGCUGCUGCGGCCGCCGGAAAUCCGGGCGCCUGAAACUGGCAUUCACCAAGUUCUUUCCCGAUGAAGUCAGUUUGGCGCGGGAUCUGCCCCGGAGCGCUCCCAACUGCAAUGCGGUGGGCCCCUGCGCCGCGCUGCCAACCGCCAUGGCAGGAGACUCUGCUGCAGUCCUGCAAGAGCAAUCCAGGCAAGCCGAAGAGAAGAUCAAACAUGGAGGAGGAGCCACUGGCAUUGGGCACAAGACUGCCACAUUUCUGGCGGUGCUGGGCACCCUUGGCGCGCUCUACGAAUAUUUGGCCAUGCUGAACCAUUCAGUAAGCCUGACGCCAUCGUGCAUGUUCAAAGUCAAAGGCUGCUCGUGGAAGGUGGACAACACCGCGUUCCUGGGAAAAAUCGCCCGUGUCGAGGGCACGCUGCUGCCUUCCGAUCCUUUGGCCGCCAAUUGCGAUCCCAACAACAACUACUGCGAUCACUUCUGGCAGUCCUCGUCCUUUUGCAGCCCCGAGCUGGGGAGCUACGUGAAGGCCAUGGUGGCGCUGCCGUGCGAGGAGUUGCCCGUCCUCUUCGACAUUUUGAAGCCUGAGCAUGUCUUUGCCCACGGAGUCGCCUCGCAGGACGUGAAGUACGUCGUGCAGGACGGCGCCAUGGUGAUGGCCAUACCCACUCCCAGAAAUCCCAUGGGCGGUCGCUACCAUGUGAAGCCGGGCCUGGUGUUGAAGAGUAUCGGCGCCAGCGACUCCGAGACCAACGCCCUGCUGGCGCAGCGGGGGGCCGUGGACUUUGACCAGGUCAUGGCUGAAUGUGAAUCUGGCCCGACCGGUAUCAUAGAGGUGGUACUUGAGGAAGAGCCUGACGUGGAGCCGCUGUUUCAUGAAGACUGCCAGCAGCUGCAAGAGAGCUGUUUGGCAGAGACCUGGAGCCCGGAGACCAACGGCUGGUGGCCCCCGAAUCGCUGGAUCGACCUGAGAUAUGAGCGUGCGCUGUGCUUCUACUCCAGCCUGCCCGUUUGGUUCACCAACGGCGGCAAGAAGAUCUGGAGGGACAUUGGAGGGAAGGACAUCUACGGUAAGGGCCUGGCCUGCCACGGGGAGCCUUUGCACAACGCCGCCACGCCCACGCUGGCGGCAUGCCAGGAGCUCUGCGAGACCACCUACGGCUGCAACUACAUCUUCCACACCCAGCACCCCACCAUGGCGCUGAAUCAGACCUGCCUCCUCUACGCCGACUGUCCCAGCACACCGAUGGAGGCUCCUGACCAGAACUUUGUGCAGGUGCCAUGCGAGCAGAAGCUCCACGACUAUCCUCGCAGCGCGCUUCGCAACGUCUUCACCAGGUCGGUGCCAUAUGGUGACGACGACACACAUGAGUUUUGCUGGGAAUCAUGCCGGAAUGCAACAGGCGUCCAGGCGCAGUGCAAUGCCUUCGCGGUCUUCAAGGAGAAAACCUCACCAAAGGUGAGCUAUGCUUGUGCAAUCUAUGGGCCCAAUGAGCUCUUGAUGCUUCCACCGGUUUGGACCAGGCUUACGGCGAAAGUGGAUGACGUACUUGCAAUAGAAGGCAUCAACGACGGUCAAUGCCAUCUGCGGCGAAUGCAACAAAGAACCGACAGGAAGAUCAUGGAGACGCCGGGCACAUUGUGGCACUUCUCGGAUCAUUUCACAUGCGGAGGUUGCUUCUCCAGAGGCGUGUCUUCGUACUACCUGGAGUUUCCGAACCUCGUGACCUUGGUGACCCAAAUGGUAGGCGUCUUGGCCUUCGUGGAGGUGGUGCGCAGGUCUCGGGCCGCCACGCCGCCGGGCGUGGCCUUCAGCGGGAAGCCGGAGAUCAACAUGGCUAUCGUGCGUGAUCCCGCAAACCCCUCAGGAUUCGCUGAGCGCGAGGCAGCGUACAUGCAGUUUCUGCGGUGUUGCUGGGCCCUCUCUACAACGACCAGACAUGGUAAAGAUAUUUGGGAAGACGGGGACGAGGAACGGCGGGAGACCGUGCUGCUCCGCGACAACCUGGUGGUUGAGUCGGUGGACCGCCAGGAUUUUGACAGCUACGAUCUGGUGGAUAGCUCAAGGAGUCGCUGCUACGUUGACAAACGGCUGCUGGGCAUCAACCCCCAUGAGAAAGUCACUGCUGUGUGGAACGAGACUCAGAGACACAGCCUCUUCACCUUUCUGCUCAUAGUCAUCGGAUACGCGGCGAUGAUCUGUGCACUGGAGUUUCUGGUUCCGGAAGUGAUGACAAUCAUGGCCACGAGGAAGGUGCUCUACUUCAUUGUGCCUCUGCUGUUUUUGAUCCACGUCUAUUUCAAGUUGCGCGGAGAGUUGCAGUGCCUUUGUGUCUCGACAAACACAGGGAGGGUCAUCCAACUCUCCCGGAACCCGCCCACUGCCUUGGGGUUUUGUUUCCCACACUUCUACGGCGGCACGGACGUGCGGCUGGAUGCCUUCCGGGUGGGCAAGGCGGACUUUUUCCGAAGCUGCGGGCGGAGAAGUCAACACAAGGCCAUCUAUGUACAGCUGGACAUGCCUCUGAAGCCUGUAUGGGAAGACUGGAUGCGGACCUGGUGCCGGGCUCCGUGGCGCCGCGGCGUGGUCACCGUGCGAGGGGAUCACGGGCUGCUGCAAGUCCGGCGCACCAACGGGGAAGCGCUGGUGGCCUUCCGAGCGAUGACUCAGAUGAUAGAGGACAGGAAGUCACACAACCUCAAGGUGGCCUGCUUGGGCUGUGCAGAGAUCUUCGGCAUAUCCGCACGCAGGGACCUGCUCUUGCCGGGGGAGGAGCUUAUUUGGGAGUGGAAGUUGCGCGAAGCCGGGCACUUCACCGACCCCUUCAACUACACCUCCUUGAUCGCCAUCACGGACGGCAAGCUGCACAUCGCCCGGGCGCGCUGCCCCAAGCCCUUGAGCCUGCGGGGCUUGCUGCUGGGCCCGCGAACCUUCGGGUUCCGGUGCAUGCACUUCCAGGAGAUGAUGGGCCACCACGCGGGCUUAACCAUUACCAGCUUGGCGCAUCGCAGCCUCGAAUCCUACGCCACGACUCGUUCCCGUGCUCCGCCCUUCUGGCCGGGCUUCGGGCCUCCCAUCGAUGGCUUCGGCUUCGUCUUCAUGCCCAAGUUCUCUCAGAUGUACCUGGCAGCCUUGUCCGUGACACAGAAGCCGUAUGGACUUUCGCGACGGGCGAUCGUCGCAGAUGUGGUGCGAUUAGCGUCUCAUGAAGGCGGCUACCUGCGAGUGACCGAGUCCAAGCAGCAUACAAUUCCCAAAGGUGCACGAAUCGUGUCUGUCCUUGACACCGACGGUGACGACAUCGACUUUGAAGACGAGCGCUGGAGCGAGCCUGGCGGCUCCCUACUGGAGCCUGGUACUGGAGUCUUGCUCGAGGCUGUGGACCACCAGUGGAACACAACCUCCGACGAACCUUGGGUCUCACAGCUCCGGGGCAUCAUGGACAUCAUCCUGGGUAGAGACGACCAGUCAGGUGAGGCGCGGGCCAACAAAGACAUUUGGGAUGUCCUGGAGGAGCCGCCAGAAGCAGAGGCUCCUUCCUGCAUGGUGCAGCUAGGUGCGCAGAUCUUUGGCAUGGAGAUGAUGGGACUUCACCCGGCGCGCGAGUUCGAAAAAAUCAAAGCGGAUGACAGCGAGUCAAGCUCAGAGGAUGUCAAAGGCACAUCAGUUGGAGCGUAGGACUUUGAGCUGCCAAAGUUGCAGUUCUGUCAGAUGCUCUUGCUGGUUCGAUAGCCAGGGAAGGAGUUGA